GGAUAUAGCCGUGUGUGUUACUGCAGUAAUGUGCUCCACUCGGUACGGUGGACUUCGGUGUCUGCUGCGCUUCGGGCCUGUUGUGUGUGCCAGUACGUCUGCGUGCGUCGGUGUGCGAGAGUGUGUGUGCCAGUGAGAGUGUGUGUAUGCGUGUGCGCGCACCCGCUCCCAGUCGUGUGCGUGUGUGUGUGUGUUUGGGGUUCCCUUUGCAUGGGUGGCUCUCGUUACACGCUCGCUCACCAUUGUGCGUUUCCUGGCCCUACGCGGCCACCACAUCACGCUGACCCCAGACCGUGUGCCGCCCGCAGCAAAAGGGGUUGCGCUCCAAGUGUUGCUUCCAAGGAUGCAGCUAACCAGAGACGAUUGAAGCGCGAACGAAGGGCAAAGCAAAGCACAGAUUUUCGAUCCCUCCGAUCGGUACCACUCGCCACGUUGUAGCCGCUGUAAGUGGAGUGUGUGCUGCCACGGUGGUAGAGUGUCCUGCAACUGCGGUACGGUGGUAGCAGAGGGAACACUUAGUAGAAGAGGUGCUUUGUGCUAGUGUGUGUGUGCGUGUAUGUGUGUGUGUAUGCGGGUGUGUGUGCGGGUGUGGAUGCGAAGUAGCGCUUCCGCAGCGUGUCCCAUCAAUCAAAUAUCCUAGGCCAGAGGAUACGAAGAACAGGCGUAGGCGAACAAGCAUCCGCCAGUUGUGCAAAACAGCACCACAGCCAAUCAACGUCGUCAGAUACGCUUUGUAUCGCGGUGCUACCAGGCUCACCACGGGUGUCCUUGGGUGCGGGUGCUAGGACCUUCGAGGAAACCGCCGGAGUCACCAUCCAAGGACAGCGAAGAUGAACACCGUCCAGAGUACGGGCCAUGCGACCGUUCGGAACAAGAAGGACUCGCAGUUCGAGGAAUUAACUGUCUCUUCCUCGGAAAAAAGAAAUUGGAGAGGAAUUUUUAUUGCGCUUUUAGUGAUUGCUGCCGUAUUGGGGCUAAUUGUGUUUUCCAUUCUACUUCUAUCACCAGAGAUCGAAAGCUCGAAGCUACACGGGCGUCGCAUAUCGCUGUACGAUAUCAAAUCGGGCCGAUAUGAAUGGAACACACAGAACGGUUCCUGGAUUAAUCGGUACGAGUAUGUGUUCAUCAACUCGGAAGGUGGCCUAACUGCGUUGCAAAUCACCCGUGACGGUGGUUUCCGGUUUGAGGUUCUCAUGAACAAUGCCACCUUUCGGCAGCUCAACGUGGACAGUUACGAUGUGUCACCGGAUCGGAGCUUUGUGCUGCUGUACGCGUCCAACGGUAACACGCAGCGGUACAAUCGCAGCUACUACGUGUACGAUUUAGCCUCGUCGAACGUGUUCUCGCUGUCGGCGAAGGAGUUGGACACGACCGCACCACAGCUCCAGCACGUCCUGUGGGCACCGGUGGCCUCGAACGGUUCCGGCAGUGCCGGUGGCGAGAAGUCGCCCGGACAAUCCUUCCAUUCGCCAUCGUCCGCAUCCGCCUCCUCGUCAUCCGGUUCGGCCGCAUCCGGCUCAGGCACCUCCUCCCAGGGUAUUGCGUACGUGCACCAGGGCGAUAUUUACUACAAGCCGCGCGUACAGUACGAUCUUAUCUGUCGCAUCACCACCAGCGGACGGGACGGACCGGUACUGAAUGGGGUGCCCGAUUGGCUCUACUCGAACGUGCUCGAGCUAAAGGGACCGUCAUUACUAUUCUCGCCCGACGGCCAGUAUCUAUCCUUUCUCUCCUUCAAUCUAUCGAGCGUGCAGGAGUAUCAGUAUCUUUGGUACGGUGAUGGACAGCAGUAUCCGAAGAUACACAGCCUGCGCUACCCGAAGGUACAUUCGGCCAACCCGAACGUGACGGUGUACGUCGUGCAUCUGGGCGUGCUGAAGUACAUCUUCCCGAAACCGGUCAACGUGCCGGCGUAUAUCCGUGCCACCGACAGUUACGUCGGUGGUCUCAGCUGGCUGUCGUCGACCGAGCUGUCCGUCACGUAUGCCAGCCGGAACCAGAGCGUAGCGCACGUACUGCUCUGCCGAGCACCAUCGUUUACAUGCGUGGAGAUAUUCCAAGAGAAGGCCGUCGCCAACUCGUGGGUAUUGAUCGGUGAGCGGCCACUGUUCAUACGACGCCCGGCAUCGCUGGAUAGUUUCGCUGCCGAUGCACCGCAGCCCGCACCUGCACCAACACCGGUCACAACCACAACGACAACAGCCCCACCACCAACCACCCCGCCCGCACCAACGAUGCCACGCCAUCUGUAUAUGCUGAAGCGGCUGAAUGUGCGCGACGGUUCGCACGGUUACUAUCGGCACCUGGUGCUGGUGCUGCUCGGUACCAAGCGCACCAUCACGCUGACCAUGGGCCAGUUCGAGGUGACGGAAAUCGUCGGGUACGAUGAGCGCCGUGGGCUCGUCUACUACAUGGCGGCCCCAUACCACAAACCGGGCCAACGCCAUCUGUACAAAAUACCGCUCGGACUCGAACAGAUGGCAUCGAUGGCGGGCAGUGGUGGUGCAGGUGGUGGCGCAACCGCUUCCGGUGGGCCCGGUACGCCCUACGAUGCCAACCCGGACACCGGCCGUCCCGGGCACAAUGCGAGCGAUGUGCUGCUGUUGCGCCCGUUCGGGUCCGCCGUGCCGUACUGCGUGACGUGCGGCCGGGGCCCGUCGGACGGCAGCGAGGGUGACGACGGUACCGACACACCACCGUCCAAGCGGCCCAACAACUGUCUGUUUAACCGCGUCUCGUUCAACGACGACUACACGUACUUCGUGCAGGAGUGCCUCGGACCGGAAUCGCCCUCCACCUACCUGGUGGAGGCCGGUUCGGAGCGUAAGGUGCGCGUGCUGAACGAUGGCAACGAGCUGCGCGAACAGCUGGUCCAGCUGGCCAAGCCGCAGAUAAUGACGUUCAGCGUGCAGAUUAAGUACGACUUUAACGCGCAGGUCAAGCUGUUCCUGCCGCCCGGCGUGAAGGAGGACGACGACUUGCAGCUGCCGCUCAUACUGCACAUUGAGGCCGGCCCGGAACGGCAGCUCGUGUCGGAGGAGUACAGCGUUGACUGGAACUGGUACCUCAGCAGCCAUCAGUCGUACAUUAUCGCGCAGAUCGAUGCCAGGGGGUCCGGAUUCCAGGGCGAAUCGCUCAAGACCCAAAUUCGGGGACGCGUCGGCAUCGAGGUCGAAGAUCAGUUGGCUGUGCUGAUGUAUCUGCGAGACAACUUGAAGCUGGUAGAUCCUAACCGCAUCUGUGUUUAUGGUAAGGGCUACGGUGGAUACAUUGCAAUGCAGAUGCUUGCUACUGAUGCGAACCAGGUGCUGAAGUGUGUGGCCGCUAUUUCGCCUAUCGUAUCCUUCCGCUAUUACAAUUCCUUCUUUACCGAACGGUAUGUGCUGCAACAGGAUGACACCGAGCGGUCACUGAUCGAGUCAGAUCUGUCGACCAAGGUCGCUAGCCUGGCGUCGAAGAACUUUCUGCUCAUCCACAGCACGGCCGAUUGCGUUGUGCACGAGCAGCAUGCUGCGCUGCUCACCCGUUCGCUCGUCAAUCGGGGUAUCAUCUUCCGGCAUCAGAUGUACGUCGAUGAAGAUCACGAGUAUCGGAGCGUGUCCGAACAUCUGUUCCACACGAUCGAGACGUAUAUUGAGGAGAACUUCGGCAACGAUAAUCAGGACUGGACGUCAGCAUUCUUCCUGUCUAAAACGUAGUUCUUCCAGCGGCAGACAACCGAACCGUGAGCAUACGGAACAAACAACAACAACAACAAACCAAACAAAAAAGAAAUCAACCCAAACACGUUUGAUUAAUGAUAGAGUAAUGAUAAUUUAAAGAUAAAAGAAAAGAAAAAAAUAAUUAAAAGACGAAAAAUAUAAACGAGAGCAAAGCAAAACAUUUUGAAGUUUAGAAAAGGAGCGCGCGAAGAAGCAAACAAAUGAUACAUAUAAUGUGGAUGUACGAACAAAACCAACAAAAAAAAAACAAACAAAGCAAAACUAAAUGGGAAAAAACAUUAAACAAUAAACAAACGAAUGACAUGCACGCACCCUCACACACGCAUGCACAUACAUGUAAGAGAAGGAAACCGAUAGUUGUUUUAGCAUCUCGUCCAAUUUCCGAUCUAGAUGAUCUCUUCCAAUGUCCGAUUUUAGAUCACUUCCAUAUUCUGAACACGACUUUGAGGUUAUAUUCCCGAAUAUCAGGCUGAAUAACUGGAUGAUCUUGCAACGGAAGCGAAUUGAUGAAUAAAAGGUGAAACAUUUUAAAUCUCAUUUUCCUGGAUGCUGGUUGUUUAUUUGCUAUUUUGAAGAAACCCAAACAUACGGCAGUGGAAGUGUAAUUCGUGGCAUAGAUGUGACGUUUAUGUUAGGACAAGCUGUGUGUAAUGUAUGUGAUGAAUGUUAGAUGUCCCGCAUACACAUUUGCCAAUGUAAUAAGUUCACCUGCACCUGGAAGGUAGCAAGAACACUUAGUAUCAUAGAAGCUGGCCAUAGGUAUAGGAACUGUUGUGCUCCGAUAGGUGACAGAUCCAUUCAAGAAAAUUAUCGAAUAGUGAACGCCUGAACGUAUGCAAUCAGCACUGCCGUUGAGGCCAUUUUGAGUGCACGUAUUUGCAUACCUUCAGGGGCGCACAAAAACAGGGUUCACAGAUUUAUUUGGCGACGUUGGAGCUUUGCAUUAUGCGCCCCUGAAGGUAUGCAAAUACAUCCACCCGAAAUUAAUAACUUUUCUUGGAAGCUUUAAGGGCUCGCUGGUUGGAGCGAUAAAGGCAAAAGCUCCGGUAUCGCCAAAUGGAAUAGUAAACCCUGUAUAAAAAAAGAAACACAGAACACCGCGUUAUGCUUUAAAGGAGAGAAAAACAACAAUGAAAUUUUCAAACAAAUAGCAAUGCGUGUGUGUGUGGGUGUGUGUGGAUGGGAGCGUUUGUGAAUGUGUGUUGAUUGUGCGAUAGAUUUUAAACAAGAGUCAAGUUAAAAACAAAAAGGCGCAAAGCGAAGUGUAAAGAAGACACACAAGAAACGAAAAAAAAAAAUACAACAAAGCGAUAGAUAAAGGCGAAAGAAAACAAUAUCCACCAUUUUUUGAAAUUUCCCUUUUCUCUUUUGUUAUACUUAAGGAAACAUUUCCCGAUUUGAAAAACAAAAAAAAAACACACACACGCAAUCGAAUAGCGCAGAGAAAGAACAACUAAUAAAAAUUAAAAUG